AUGGAAGCCGAAGUCUUCGCAACGGUCUUCUGGCGCACGAUGGAGGCGUACCUGAGAGAGGAACCUUGUUCCGCAAGAAGUCGUGCGAUGGAGGAGUGGAGUGGACGGUGGAGUGGCUGCGGUGUGGUGUUCUUUCACUUGGCACAAAUUUUGACUGGACACGGCUGCUUCGGCCGCUACCUGUGCCAAAUGCUGGGGAGGUGGAGUGCUGCGGCAUGCCGUCACUGUUACGUCGGAGCUGAGAACACGGCGGAGCACACACACGUGAACUGUCCAGCGUGGAAUGUGAAGUGCGCCGUUUUAUCGGCAGUUGUUGCACCGAACCUCACGCUGUCGGCUUUACUUAGGGUUAAGGUUGACAGUGAGGAAAAAUGGAUUGCAGUUUUCUCCUACUGCAAAUCUAUAAUGCUGCAGAAGGAAGCGGCAGAACGGGAGCGAGAACAAAACCCAAACUCGCUCCCGAUCCGUCGUGGAAGGCACGGUCGGUGA